AUGGUGGAGCUCACAGUGAUAUGCACUUGGCCACCAGCAAACAGGGAUAUCAGUAUGAACAACAUUACUCAGUUACCUGAAGAUGCUUUUAAGAACUUCCCUUUUCUGGAGGAGCUACGAUUGGCUGGCAACGACCUUUCUUUUAUCCACCCAAAGGCCUUGUCUGGGUUGAAAGAGCUCAAAGUUCUAACCCUCCAAAACAAUCAGUUGAAAACAGUGCCCAGUGAAGCCAUUCGAGGACUGAGUGCUUUGCAGUCUUUGCGUCUGGAUGCCAACCACAUCACCUCAGUCCCCGAGGACAGCUUCGAGGGGCUCCCUCAGCUCCGACACCUGUGGCUGGACGACAAUAGUCUGACGGAGGUGCCCAUUCAACCCCUCAGCAAUCUGCCCACCCUGCAGGCACUCACCUUGGCUCUCAACAAAAUCUCCAGCAUCCCCGAUUUUGCAUUUACCAACCUGUCGAGUCUGGUGGUUCUGCACCUUCAUAACAAUAAAAUUAAAAGCCUGGGCCGACACUGUUUUGAUGGACUAGAUAACCUGGAAACCUUGGACUUGAAUUAUAAUAACUUGGGAGAAUUUCCCCAGGCUAUUAAAGCCCUUCCUAGCCUAAAAGAACUAGAUUUGGGGGGCAGACAUGUUAUGAUUAUCCCUGAUGGAGCAUUUGAUGGUAAUCCACUGUUAAGAACUAUACAUUUGUAUGAUAAUCCUCUAUCUUUCGUGGGGAACUCAGCAUUUCACAAUUUAUCGGAUCUGCAUUCCUUAGUCAUCCGUGGUGCCAGCAUGGUGCAGCAGUUCCCCAAUCUGACCGGGACUGUCCACCUGGAGAGUCUGACCUUGACAGGUACGAAGAUAAGCAGUAUAUCCAGUAAUCUGUGCCAAGAACAAAAGAUGCUUAGGACUUUGGACUUGUCCUACAACAAUAUAAAAGACCUCCCAAGCUUUAAUGGUUGUCAUGCUCUGGAAGAAAUUUCUUUGCAACGUAAUCAGAUCCGCCAAAUCAGAGAAGGCACGUUUCAAGGCCUCAUAUCCCUAAGGAUACUAGAUCUGAGUAGAAACCUGAUCCAUGAAAUUCACGACAGAGCUUUUGCCAAGCUUGGGUCAAUAACUAACCUAGAUGUCAGUUUCAAUGAAUUAACGUCAUUUCCUACGGAAGGCCUGAAUGGGCUGAAUCAACUGAAACUUGUGGGCAACUUCCAGCUGAAAGAAGCUUUGGCAGCAAAAGACUUUGUUAAUCUCAGGUCAUUAUCGGUACCCUAUGCUUAUCAGUGCUGUGCAUUUUGGGGUUGCGACUCUUACACCCAUUCAAACACGGAAGAUAAGAGCCUCCAAGAACACAGUGUGGCCAAGGAUAAAGGUCCCGCUGAUGCCGCAGGGGUCACUAGCAGUGCUGAAAAUGAAGAGCACAGUCAAAUAAUUAUCCACUGCACGCCUUCAACAGGUGCUUUUAAGCCCUGCGAAUAUUUACUGGGAAGCUGGAUGAUCCGUCUUACCGUGUGGUUCAUUUUCUUGGUUGCAUUGUUUUUCAACCUGCUUGUCAUUUUAACAACAUUCGCACCCUGUACAUCCCUACCCUCCUCCAAAUUGUUCAUAGGCCUGAUUGCUGUGGCCAACUUACUCAUGGGGGCCUAUACUGGCAUCUUAACGUUUCUGGAUGCUGUGUCCUGGGGCAGAUUCUCCGAAUUUGGCAUUUGGUGGGAGAUCGGCAGUGGCUGCAAGAUAGCUGGGUUUCUUGCCGUUUUCUCCUCGGAAAGCGCCAUCUUCCUGUUAACGUUGGCCGCUGUCGAAAGGAGCCUGUCUGCCAAAGAGAUCACGAAAAACGGGAAGAGCCAUCACCUCAAGCAGUUCCGCGUGGCUGCCCUGCUGGCGUGCGCGGGGGCCGCCGUGGCGGGCUGCUUCCCCCUCUUCCACGGCGGGGAGUACUCGGCCUCCCCGCUCUGCUUGCCGUUCCCCACGGGAGAGGCGCCCGCCUUGGGCUUUACGGUGGCCUUGGUGCUGCUAAACUCCCUGGCGUUCUUGCUGAUGGCCGUCAUCUACACCAAACUCUACUGCAACUUGGAAAAGGAGGACCUCUCCGAGGGCUCGCAGGCCGGCGCGAUCAAGCACGUGGCGUGGCUCAUCUUCACCAACUGCAUCUUCUUCUGCCCCGUGGCCUUCUUCUCCUUCGCGCCGCUCAUCACCGCCGUCUCGGUCAGCCCCGAGAUCAUGAAGUCGGUCACGCUGAUCUUCUUCCCGCUGCCCGCUUGCCUGAACCCGGUCCUGUAUGUGUUCUUCAACCCCAAGUUCAAAGAAGACUGGAAGGUGCUGAAGCGACAGCGUGAGCAGGAUUUCUACUACGACUGCGGCGUGUACUCGCAUCUGCCGGGCAACCUGGCCGUGUGCGACUGCUGCGAGUCCUUCCUCUUGACAAAGCCGGUGUCGUGCAAACACUUGAUCAAGUCGCACAGCUGCCCCGCCCUGGCCGUGGGCUCGUGCCCCAGGCCGGACGGCUACUGGUCGGACUGUGGCACGCAGUCGGCCCAUUCCGACUACGCGGAUGAGGAAGAUUCCUUUGUCUCCGACAGCUCUGACCAGGUGCAGGCCUGCGGACGAGCCUGCUUCUACCAGAGUCGAGGAUUCCCCUUGGUGCGCUAUGCUUACAACCUGCCCAGAGUGAGAGACUGAAUCGGGGUGUCUGUGACUGCGUCCCCCAUCAGCCACAAUCCCCGUGUUCAUAGAGUUGGACCCUCGUCUGGUCUUUCAUCCGGGAAGCACUUCUGUGACCACUGCCUGGUGUCACGGAGAGAAGAGGGAGAAGGUGGCAGACAUUUUCAGAGAACAAGUGCCUGGACGAUCCAUGGGUGAAAAAUCCAGUGUCCGAGCGCGGUGUGGUCUAUUUGGGACAACUCUGUAACUUGGAAAGGUUUUAUGUAUAUCCUAGCAUUCUAACGUUAGGUUUAUCUGAAAUUUGCCUAAGCAGCAAAAAACAAAACAAAACAUUAACCUGUUUCUGAAUGAAGCACAAGAUAAAGAACAGCUGUUAAUAUAUUUUAAAGAAUAUUUUUAAAAUGUGGUUUCACACAACUGAAGAAAGUCUUGCUAAUUUUACCUAAUGUCUGAUCAUUAAUCUCAGGACAACGGACUUCAGGGCCAAAAAGGGGAUCGUCUCCCAGGUAGGACUGUGAGAGUGAAUGUAGGCCUUAGGUGGUGGCGUUUUCUGUUUCCAUCUUUGACAUAAUAGAAUCAUACAUUUUCUUGGAAUGAUUUGUAAACCUUAAAACCUGAAGAUGUUUUCAAACAAUAUUAACAACUAUUAGAUUUUAAAAGAACAGCAUGAACAUUUGUUUUUAGUCAUUUUACAUUGCUUUGGCGCGAUCAGUCCUUUUUUUCCCCUGAGUGUUUUGUCAUCACACUACUAGGAAAAGUAAAAGGGCUAAUUGCUGUGUGGGUUUAGUAGAUUUGGCUAAACUACUAACUUAACUUCGGAGUUUAAUAGUACCUGAGGGAUUUGAUGGCUCUGUGUAAUGUUCCCAUUAAUGAACACUUCCUAAUAUCAUUGGCUUUACUGAUGUUUUCCAGUUUUGUUGGUAUGUUACCUACUUAUAUUUUGAAUUAUACAGAAAGAAAACUGGUAAGUAAUUGCAUUUAAUUGGAAGAAAUUGGGAGUAAUUAUGAUACAAAGCACUUACAUUGAUUUCUUAGCUGGAUUCUCCUGAACUUAUGCUGUUUCCAUACAUUUCCCCCUACAGUAAUUUACAAAAAGCCUGUGAAACAACAGUUCACAGCUUAAAUACUGUGUUUUUGUAAAACAGGACACAUGUCAUUAAAAAAGAAGAAGGGAUAAAAAUGAAUAAAGCUUAGGGCCAUGUCUUUAAAAAUGAAAAAUUUUACUUGAUUCUCAUCUAUAGACUUUUGAUAUGUCACGAUGUGGGGUCAUAAAGUUAUAAAUGUUCAAUAUGUUUUUUGAACAAUAUGCUAAAUCAAUAGCGAACCCACUGCCAUAUUAGUUUUACCGGAUAUACUAAAAACAUUAAGCUAGAUUGCAGUUUAAUAAUUAAACUGUAUAUACUGUGCAUAUAAUGAAUUUUUAUCUUAUGUAAAUUAUUUUUAGAACACAAGUUGGGAAAUGUGGCUUCUGUUCAUUUCGUUUAAUUAAAGCUACCUCCUAAACUAUAGUGGCUGCCAGUAGCAGAAUGUUAAAUUGUGGUUUAUAUACUUUUUUGCAUUGUAAAUAGUCUUGGUUGUACAUUGUCCGUGUAAUAAAAACAGAAUCUUUGUAUAUCAAAAUCAUGUAAUUUGUGUAAAAUGUGGGAGGGAUUUAUUUACAGUGUGUUGUAAUUUUGUAAGGCCAACUAUUCACAAGUUUUUAAAAUUGCUGUCAUGUUUGUAUAUUUACACAUUGAUAAAUAUUAAAUCAUAACUUGGUAAAAAAAAA